UUAUUUUGUUUGUUGGAGUGUUAGCGUUAGUGGACCAGUUGCAGUAUGCGAUUCUUCUUCGAUUUUCCCUCCCCACUCUUUCCUCAGAUUCCUUUAACCAUCUCUACAAAUUUCCCAUCGCUUCCUCAAUCAAACCAAAACCAAUUUCUUCUUCCGCAAUGCAUAUGUUCUAGCAUUUGCCAUGGAACACGGCUCUCUACGUUCCCCCCUGUAAUCCGAAAUACUUGUACCCGCGAUUUUUGAGAGAUGGCAUCGUCUGAAUUCACGGAUUGGGUGUUCGAUUACGGCGCGAUUGAGGACAUCCCUGUCCCCGGCGGCGACCUACCUUCACUGGAUCUUCCUGCUUUCACUUUGCCUUCUCGCGAUUUCACUGCCUCCUUCAGGGCAGAUUUUGAUGAGCAACUUGAAAUGCCAGACGACAUAAAGGAAUCUGGAUCCAGAAAAAGGAUGAGCAGCUCUGGAUCAAAUGCAUUUGGGUCCAAGGCACAUAAAGAGAAAAUGCGAAGGGAUAAACUAAAUGACAGGUUUCUGGAAUUGAAUUCCAUCCUCAAUCAUGGAAGGCCUCCCAAAAUUGACAAGUCUGCUAUUUUGGGUGAUGCAGUUCGAAUGAUCAUACACCUAAGGGAUGAGGCUCAGAAGCUUAAGGAAUCUAAUGAGACUUUUCUGGAGAAGAUCAAUGAAAUGAAGGCUGAAAAGAGUGAACUACGAGACGAGAAACAGAGGCUGAAAGAAGCAAAAGACAACCUUGAACAGAAAAUGAAGGCGUUCAAUACACAACCAAGCUUCUUGCCUCACCCUCCUGCAUUUUCUUCUCCAAAUCAGGUUGUUGGAGGCAAGUUGGUACCUGUGAUCGGAUAUCCCGGAGUAUCGAUGUGGCAGUUCAUGUCUCCGGGCACCAUCGAUACAUCGCAAGACCACGUUCUUCGGCCACCAGUUGCCUGAGUUGUCGGAGUUCAUUACUUCACCGGCUUUGCUUUUGAAUGAGAGGAUUCCUAUGUAUUUUCAAGAUAGAAUUGGCUGAAUAUCUGUUUUGUUAAACAAGUUUCUGCUGAUCAAAAUCAAUGCAGGUCUGCUACAAUAACGGUAUUCACCAAUUCUGGAAUCUUAUUUCCUUUCUUCAUCUUCUCCUUCUGUUUGGGUUCUUGCCCAACUGUUCUUCAGCAGCUGACAUUUCUGUAGAGAUUUUGUGAAAUAACCAACUAUUUUCCUCGUCUUCCAAAGACGUCUAAAAGGAAGAACUUUUUAGAUCAUCUUGAUGACAGGUCUUAGGAUUAUGAAUUUCAAAGAUGAUUGGAUUAA